UGCCAGUAGUGCAUAGGAGAAUAAUUGCAGAAGUGAGUACCUUAUUUUAAGGAUAUAUAUGUAUAUUCACCCGACUAAUCGAACCUUCCCAAAGGACUCGGAUCCAAUGACGAUUCCUACGGAGCUUUACUGCAUUUGUCGGCAGAGCCAUGCCAAUGGAUUUAUGAUCUGCUGUGACAACUGCAACGAGUGGUUCCAUGGAGCGUGCAUCGGCGUAACUGACGAAAAAGGUCACACAUAUGACUCCUUCUAUUGCAAAAGAUGCCGUCUCAGGAAUUCCCGGCUGAGAUGCACCUUCAAAAGUAAUCCAAUCAAUCCUGCUGUUCCCAAGGAGGAUCCCAAGGAGGUUUACAAGCCAAAAACAUCCAGAGUAAUCAACUCAGCCGGCGUGAGGCAGCGACCACCCAUUACUCGCAGGAAAUCCAUGUUCUGCUUGUCGGCAACUCACAACCUCGAAAUGGAAUCGGCUCUUCCGGAAAAGUCAAAAGCGAAAACCCCUGCAGCUGUCACAAAAAAUCCAAAACAGGGCAGCAAGGCCUCAAGUGCAGAGAUCCAAAAACGAGCUGCCAAGGAGAUGGAGUUAGAAGUGGCCACGAAUAUUGACCCAAAAGCAAUCGAAGCAGCCAGGACGACGGAUCCAAAGUCGGUCAAAAAGACCUACGAAACGAAGGAAACGCAAUGCAAUUUGUUUCGAGAGUUGGCAACAGAAGCCAUUGAUGAUCAAAAUCCGCCGGGAAAGUCCGGCGAGAGGGGCAUCUGCUUCGCCAACAGCUGCAAUGUGAAGGCUCGACCGGAUUCCAGAUACUGUUCCGAUGAGUGUGGCAAUUUCACCGCCCUCACGAGGGUGUUCUCCUUCGCGCCCCAAUUCGUUCCUGCUUGGGCAUUAGGAUGUGAUGGUUCGAGGCCCAAGGAUUUGAUGGUUGUGAGCACUAGUCAGCACAACAUGCUUACGGAAAACGAAUCGGAAAAUAGAGAUGUGUCAAGGGAAAGUUCACAGCCAACUGAGCUGGAAAGGAAAGCCGAAUCUGAGGCUAAAAGAGCAAAAGAAGAUGUAAGAGGCAAAAUUGAUUAUUCCUCCAGAAGAAAAUCGAGAUCUUCACGAUAUCAUAGUCCCAAAUCGGUAAAUAACACUGAUAUUCGCCAUAGUCCAGCAAAAAAAAAAACGAAUCCAGGAAGAUUUAACCUUAGCUAA